CCCUUGUCCAUCCGCAGGCCGUCUCCUUUGAGUCCACCGCCAAAUGGCCGCCUCUGGACUGCCUCGUUUGGGGAUAAGAUCCGUGCUUUGUGUACGUGUCUACAUCUUCUCCCCUCUUGUAUUAUCUCUCUCGCCUGAUCAACGCGUCGAGAGUCGAGCGAGAAGCGCCUGCCUGCCUGCCUGCCACGUCUCGUCUUCCCUCCUGGCCGCAAAAGUCACCGCGGCAUUCGUCACCCUGAGUAGGACGGGCUCAGCACUAUUCCCACGACUCCCUGCAGCCACCCACCACAUACACCUCGGCUCGGCUCUCGCGCCCUUACAGUACUCUCUCCCCCACUCGCCUAACCUCGCACACAGCCAUGAACAGAGACGAGGCCUUACGCUGUCUCGAAAUCUCAAAGGAGAAAUUCAAGGCCGGAAACACUCAGUCCGCUCUCAAAUUCGCAAACAAGUCUAUCGCCCUUUGUGAAACUCCAGAGGGAAUGUCUUGGCUGUCAUUCCUCAGCACCCACUCAACCUCAACAAAACCCACCGCAUCCUCCUCCGCCCGUGACGCAGCAUCCACAGCACGUAGACGCUCAGCUUCAGCUUCAGCAGCCGACAGUUCGAAAGCGGAAGCAGCGCCGUCUAGACCCUUCACGCCGGACCAGGUUGAGGGGAUUAAGAGGAUUAAGGCUUGUAAAGCGCAGGGGGAUCUUUAUGCUGUGUUGGAUUUGAAGAAGGGUUGCUCGGAUUCGGAUAUUAAGAAGGCUUAUCGGAAGGUGAGAACGGGCGAUACGAGCAACGGCGAGCGUUGCAUCUUGUGCGAGCGAAGCGAGCAGCUCCGCCCAUCGCAGUUCAACAUCCUUGUCGCGAGCGGAGCAAGCAGGCUGGCACUGCAAUUUCACCCGGACAAAUGCGGCGCUCCAGGGACCGACGAUGCGUUCAAAGCAAUCGGACACGCCUUCGCAGUGCUAGGCGACGCAGAUAAAAAAGCGAAAUACGACCGGUUCGGGAUAGAUUCAGACAGCUCGCGCGCUGGAGGUGGCGGAGGAGGCGGUGGGGGCGGAAUGAAUGGGUUCUACGGAAACCAGUUCGAGUCGGAGAUUAGUCCGGAGGAUAUCUUCAACAUGUUCUUUGGAGGUCAGGGUGGGCCAGGCAUGCGAAUGCACAGCUUCACGUCCGGCCCCGGUUUCGGCCGCCAACACCCCUUCCACUCUGCCGCACGCACCCGCGCCCACCACCAACGGGCCCAAACCGAAGACGAGCCCCUCCUCAACCUCGCGCGCCUCCUCCCCUUCUUCAUGAUCUUCAUCCUGCCCCUGCUCUCCUCCCUCUUCUCAACGCUCACCUCUUCCGGAGGCAUAUCCGACCCGGCCCCCACGUUCUCGUUCAUGAACACGCAGACGUAUGAUAUGGAGCGCAAAACGAAACCGAGACAGGUGCAGUAUUAUGUAAACUCGAGGCAAUGGAAUAGGUGGAGGGCGCCCAAGGAACGGCCGCAGGAGGUGAGGGGGUUCGAGAACGAUGUUGAGCAGGAGUGGCGCCGCCACCUGCAAAGCUACUGCCAACAAGAACAAGAACAGCGGCGGUUCCGCAUCAACCAAGCCUACGGGUGGUUCAAAGUCGACGAGAAACGUCUGCGCGCCGCGGAACAGAUGAAGAUGCCCAACUGCGACGCUCUGCAUAAAUGGCGGUAGGAUUAUAUAACCCCCGUUGUAUGCGGGGGCAUGUACUGUAUUACGACCCAAUGACACGAGCAUGUAGCAUUGGGCAGUCAUUUCUGGAGUGAGAAUCUCGAAAAUUCCAUUGCCGAAAUUGGAAACGACCGAGAUGAUUGGGGGAUGCCAUGUAUCUGAGCGGGGCUUUCUCUCCACUUUGUCUCAUCUCGUCCGGGUGUCCACCCCGCAACCGGUCAGGUCUACAUAUACACCCACAACCCUCGCGGCAACCUCCCUCAUCAGGCACGUAGCAAUGGGAUCUCGACCCAGGACGGGGUUCCACGGCUGCCCGUGAUGCUAGAUUGGUGUG